AUGUGCGACGGAGCGCCCCCGUCAACAAUGGGUGCGGUGCGGGCCGCGCUGCUGCUGCUGUGCGCGCUGCUGGCGCUGGCGGCGGCGGCGCCCACGAAGGAGCCCUCGCAGGGGGCGUGCCCGCGUGGCUGCCGCUGCUUCGCCGCCGCCGGCGCCGAGGACGAGACCGCCGCCAACUGCAGCUCGCCCGCCGCCGCGCUCGCCCUGGGCGCGCGGCUGCGCGUGCUGCGCCUGUCGCGCUUCGACGACCACCUCAGCGUCAAGGAGGGCGCCUUCCGCGCGCUCAGUGGCCUGCGCGAGCUGCACCUCGACCACUUGGGGCUCGUCAAGGUGUACCCCGGCGCGUUCCGCGGCCUCAACCAACUGGAGACGCUGGACCUGUCGCACAACGCGCUGAGCGCCGGGGACGAGGUGUCGCGCGCGCUGCGCGACCUGCCCGCCCUGCGCCGCCUCUCGCUGCGCGGCAACAACUUCGGCGCCGCCCACGGCGUCGCGCCGGCGCUCGCCUCCCGCACGCUCAAGUUCGUCGACCUCGGCCGCUGCAAGCUGCGCGCCCUCCCGCCCACCGUCUUCGCGGGCCUCACGCACGUCCGCCACAUUGUGCUCGACGGCAACUUCAUUCGCGAGUUCGUCGCGGCUGCCUUCCCAAGAAGCGCCGUCUCCCUCGACCUGAGCCACAACGACAUCGACCGCGUCUCCGUAGCCGAACUAAACAAGCUCGAGAACGUCGACUCGAUAGAGUUGGCGGAGAACCCCAUCCACUGUACCUGCGAGCUGCUCAAGAUAUCGUUUGAAUACAAUAUGAACAAAGCUGUCGUAUGCGCCUAUCCCAAGCAACUGAUGGGGAAGGAUUUGUUGAAAAUUAAAAAACAUCAAGUAUGUGCAGGUCAUAAAAAAGUUAAGCGAGAAGCAGGGAAUGAGUUGGACGAUGAAGCACUGUCUGCUGAAGAACUCGCCAACGGUGACGAUCUGGGAACCAACCCACAAGAAGACGAUCCAGAGAACACCGUUGAUACCGUAAACAACCCCGUAGAAGAAACGGACGCAGACGAUGCCGAAGGUGACGCCAACGCUGCCGAUACUGAGGAAGAAGAGGAAGAAACACCGGAACAACCUCCCGACAAACUCGCCAAUGAGCCGAAAGGACCCGCUGUCGAAAACGCUCGGGAUGAGGCAGAAGAAACGGAACCCGAGGCUCCGGCUGCGUCCGCAGAAGAAAAGAAUGAACCUGAUGAGGAGCCUGAAGAUGUUGAUGGUAUUGCUGAGGAAAGAAAGUCUUCAAAAGAGACUGAAAAAAUUGUGUUGGAUGACGGAAUCAACGAAGAGGAAGGAGAAGUGGUAGAUCACGCUGCACCGCAUGCCAAAUCGGACACGCCACCGGAUGAAGCCGACGACACUGAAGAGCAGCGGGAGGAAGCUGCUGAACCACCAGCAGAUGGGGAAGAAGAAGAACCUGCAGAUGAUGAAAAUGUGGAAAGUACCCACGUUGGUGCCGCCAUACGAAAUGACGAUAUGGAGAACGAAGACGAUGUAGAUGAGAACGCGCAAGAAACGUCAAAUGUUGAACCUGUCGAUCCUGUCGAUCCUUCCGACAAAGAAGACAAUGCCGAAGAAGAGGAGUCUGCUGCGGAGAACGAUGACGACGUAGCUGAAGAAGAUCCUCCGGAGAGUCUGCCAGCUUCUGCUUACAACCACAUAAAAACGGAAGAUGAAAAUGCUAGUCAAGAUAAAGAGACUGGUGGUGAAAAUGAGUCAGAGCACAAUAAAGAACCAGUGCCAGAUAAAGCGCCAAUAAAAACAGAUAAUGAGGACUACUCUGCACCAGAAGUUGCUGAUCCUCCGCUGGAGGAACCAACAGAUUCAGAGAUUGAAGACUACUCCGCACCAGAAGUUGCUGAUCCUCCCAAGGACGAUAACAUUGAUGAUGAUGAUGCCGAAACGCGGGAUGCUGUAAUACCUGAUGCACCAAAUUCUGGCAAUGAAGACCCAGUUAAAGAAACUCCAGAAGAAGCAGAAAGUACUGAAGAAGAAAAUACUCCGGAGCACACAUACACAAUGCCCGCAGCUGCAGUACCAGACAGCACUCUUGAUGCCGAUGUUGAAGAAACUGAUAUUGGUAACUCACAAGGAGCUGCAAUUGCUGGAGAAGGAGCGAGAAUGGAAACCGACCCCAAAACAGAGGACGCAGACAACGCUGACGGAGAUGUCCCGGAUGACGACGAGACAGAGACGCAGAACGAGGACGACGAUGCCCUCAACACAGUGAACAAUGAGGAUGACACUCUGUCGGCUGUUGUACCUUCAAGAACUAAUGAUAAUGAAGGAGAAGACAAUUCAGAUGAAGCGGGCAAUGCCGAAACGGAUGAUGAAGUGGAAAACGUGCCGAGCAAUGACAAUGUUGUGCACUCAAGCGGCGUGGGGGCGCGAGUGGAAUCCGAAGAUCGCGAAGUGGACGCCGCAGACGCUGACGAGGGACCUGAUGGCGAUGCCAAUGAAGAUGGAAACACGAGUAUUCUCGCCGCUGGUAUUAACGUACAGGAUGAAAAUAAAGAAGAAACUGAAGCCCUUGACCCUAAUCCGGAUAAUGAAGAUGAUACAGACGCUGCUGGUAACACCGGAGUCGAUGCCAUCGAAAACGAAGGAGAAGAAAAUACUGAGGAAGAAAAUGAAGAUGCGAAGAACAGCGACGUUCUAGUAGCUGCCGGAUUGAACAAUGGUUCUGAAGAAGGAGAAGGGGAUGAAAAUGUCGAAGAAAGUGAAAAUUUGGGAACUGGCCUUGUAGAUGACGCAGAGGAAACUAAAAACAUAGAGGAGGAGAAAACACUUGAAGAAGAGUUGGAAGGCGACCGAUCUCAUGCGACGUUAGGUCACGAAGAUAUUGAUAGAGAAAUCAGUGGAGCCGAACACACAAACGAUGCUGCCGAUAAUGAACCAACCGAAGAGAAAGUUGAAGACGGAGAUGAAAUGCCUAUUAUAAUUCCGCCGCAGACCAGCGACAAACAAAAUGAAGAUGAUAAUGUUGACACCAAUGAUGAUGAAUUGGAAAGAGAAAAUGACAUAUUAGAUGAAAAUGAAAAUAAGCAUACAGGCCAGAGUCAAACUGAAGGCACUGGUGAUACAGAUGGCGACGAACCAAAAGAAUACGAGGAAGUGAUUGAAGGAGAUGAGCAACAAAGAAAAUCGCCGGGAGGCGCUCUAUCAGUUGCCCCCACUGACAAUGAGGACAGCGAGGAAGAAGGCAGUGGGAAUGUGCUCGAUGCUUUGGAAGACACUGCAGGUGACACUCACAAAUAUGAGGACGACUGGGCUGACGCCGCCGAAACUGACAAUGCAAAUGAGAAUGAAGCAGUCCCACCUUUGGGCAACGCCGACUCCAAGGAGGUGGCUGGCGAUUCCGGUGAGCGAGUGGACGAGGCCGCGAGGGUUGACCCAAGCGAAGAGCCGCCACUUGUCAUCGCCGCCGGCGACGACGCCUCAGAGGAAGAAUACACCGGAUCGGGUGCCGGGGCCGUGGUCGCUGGUGACGUACCACUCGACCGCGGAGAUGAAGAACCCGCUUCGAACGAAGAAGACGAGGGUUCUGGCCAGGCGGAACCACGUGGUCACGUGCCUGCCAUCACGGGAGACGUUACUGAGAAGCCAGACGACGAAGACGAAGACGGCUCUGGCAAAGGUGUGUUCAUUCCAGUCCUCCCUGGCCGGGACAGACCUGAAGACACCGAUGUGGAGGUCGACGAGGGUAUGGACGGCUUAGACUACAACGAUAAGGCAACUACAGUGGCUCCGGUGGUUGCUCCGGAGGACGAAAUUGUUCGCAGAGUUCACAUGCCCCCGCAGGCCGCGCCUCCGGGCGUGCGGGAAGAAGAACCACUUCCGUCUGAAGAGGAUGAAGCGAUCCCUGCGGAAGGAGGAGCGGUGGACCCCGAGGGAGAACCGGAGGAUGCACAAGGGCGCGACAGAAGUGACUCCGGACGCGCGCUGGUGCCCGCUGAAAGCCCUGCCAGUGCCGACGACGUGCACGAUACUGACGCAGAAGCUCUCGACGAGAACGCCAACGCCGGUGAAGACGGAGAUCUUAACGUGGACGUCGCACCCGGCAUGGACGACGCCAAGAAGGGCAACAUAGCGGAAGCCGACGAGGAUCGUGCGGAUGGUUCUGAGGCUCUGAAUAAGGAUGCAGCAAUGUCAAUGAAUACCAUCGCAUCGUACGUGGUGCUGGGCGCAAUCAUGAUCAUCGUAGUCUUCCUCCUCGGCUACGCUGUGUGCCGCAGCCGUCAUCAAAAGAGCCCCAGCGCCCUCGAUAAGGACCCCGAAAACCCAGACCGAGAGCUCCAGGAAGUGAACAAGCCCCUGAUCAACAAUCACCACCCGGCCGCUCCGGAGAAGGAG